AUAAUGUCAGAGAAAUACUAAUUGCCUCUUUAGCAACUUUAUAAUCCUAUUAUGAUAAUGUUUACAUAAAUAGAAGGCUAUGAACAGCUUUUUUAAGAGUUAGAAGCAAGACAAAAGGAAAAUAGGAAAAAUAAAUUUGUAAUUGAAAAGUUAAUAGCUAUGCAAGAUAAGAAAUAGGUAAAAUAAUAAUACAUAUAAUUAGUAAUUAGAAAAAGAGAAAGUUGAAUUUGAUUCCUUAUAUCAAAAAUCUCAUUUGACUAGAGAACAACAUAAGCAUUUGAUAAGUCAAGAAAUUGAAGUGGAUCAAGAAUUUUAUUAAAUAUAUAAAAUCCUAGAUGAAUAAGAAAAUCUAACAAAAGAACUUAUUAAUUAUGAUGAUCCCUUAGGAUAAGGACCAUCACCAUUAAGGGGAUCAUUAACAGAGAAUAUUGACAUUAUUAGGUCAGCUGCAUUAAGUAAAAUUAUUGCCCAUCUAAAAAAACAUUAUGAAAUGAUUACUAUUGAUGAGUUAAAAGAAAUUAAUAAGCUUUUUAACAAUAAAGUAAAUGAGCAAAUUAUUUUUGUCUUACGAUAUAAAUUUAGCAAUCAUUUAAUACCAUUAUUAGCAGGUAUUAAUUCUAUGGAUGAAGCCUCAAUAAAAUCUUUUUUUAAAGCCUUAGAUUAUGAAAUACAGUAAAAAUAAUUGCUUAAAUAAGAUAAUCUUUUAAAUAUACAGAGGAAAUAUUUGAAAAGAGCGCCCCUUUAUUUUUCCCAUAAGUAAUCGAUAAUAUAUGUUGUGACUAUGCCUAAUAAUUAGAUGCAACUUUGAAGUUUGUAGAAAGUUAUUUUUUAAGUAUCAUUUUAAAAAUAAACUUAGUUUAUGAGAUAAAUAUGUAAAUCUAAUAAAUUAUCAAUAACUUAAAAUCUACAAAUGCGCAAUUACAAUGCAUAAAUGGGUUAUCUAAGUUACAAUAACUUUGUACUUAAUUAAAAAUAAAAAGUGUUUAAAUUAUGUCUCAUAAUUUAUCAAUUAUAAGAUUCAAUAUAGCUUAAUUCUCAUCAUAUUAGCCUUUGAAAGAUCAAUUAGAAUAAUUGUAUGAGUUCUUAAAGAAAAGUAAACCAGAAGAAAGACAAGAGAUAUUAUCAAAUCUUUGGUUACCUUUUUCAUAGCUAAUUCAAAUGAAAUUAAAUCAGAAUAGUUUUAAUAGAUCUUCAAAAAUAUUUUCAAUAAAUGCAUUAUAAAUUUAUAUAAACCAAUUAUAAGCCAUGAAAAUUCAAGAAGUUGAAGAGACAAUUGAUAAUUAUGUAAAAGAAUGUCAAUAAUUAUUGGCUGAUUUAAUUUAAAAAUUAAAAAUUGAAAAUGUCACAGAAAGUGCAUAAAAGUUUAAAGUGUAAUAAAGAGAAAAAAAUAAUUAAUUAUCUAAGGAUUAAUUUAAAAGAUUUUUGAGAUAAAUAGUAUAGUUAGAUGAAAAUGGAUUUAGAAAUGAUUUAUUUUAUGAAAUAGAUUUGAUUAUAAAUGAAUAAAUCAAAUCUUAAAUAUAAUUAGACAUUGCAGAAAGUAUUAAAUAAUUUUAAUUAAUAUAGCCUUCACAAAGGAAUAUUAUGAACCAUUAUAUGAAAACCUUAUGAAAUAUUUGAAUAAUUAACAAAGCGAGUUUACAACCGAAGUCAUUUAAUAAUUAUGUUAAUAAUAUUCAGUUACGACAAAGGACAUUUAUAAAAUUCCAGCUUACAUAAGAGAUCCAGCUUCUUAUAAAUUAAAUAUAAUGAAUUCUUAGAGUUUAUGAU